AUGAGCGACCCUCUUGGAUGUGUGAUCAUCGAGUGCCGCCUCAGCGGGGCUCGUGUAAAUCGCGCCCAGAACAUUGAAAUGCCUCGUGUUCGCACUGCCCCUUCCACACGUCCGCCGCUCACAGGUCGAAUUACCGAAGUGGUACCUCUCCAAGAGGGAGAAUUCACCCAAGUGUAUAGAGGCACUCUCCGCAUUCCCGGUUUCAAACCCAUGGACGUUGCGGUCAAGACAGAUGCUUACGCGGUGGCACGAAGGCCAGACGACUUCGUUCGCGAAAUCGAUGCCUACGAGCGAAAGCUCCGCUCUUUUCAAGGAGACUCUAUCCCGAAAUGUUAUGGGUUGUACCAACUUCAAGUUUCUCGUUUCUCGUCCUUAGAUUUUCUGGGUCCCCCAUCAACUUCAAUGUUGAUUAUCCAAUACAACUCAAACAUCAUAAACAAGCUCACCACCCUGCACCAUGCCGGGUUCCGCCACGGAGAUCUCGAGGAUUAUAACAUCGUGGUCGACGAUGGCAAGGCGAUGUUCAUUGACCUUGAAGAUGUCGAGCCGCACCACUGUCAGCUGAAAUGCAGUAUCAUACCAGACGACCUUCAGCCGACGGUGACCGAUUUCGGGUGCCGAGAGAUUUAUCAUAUUGUCUAUAUGUUAGACGUGUGGCAGAAACCAUUCGUCAAUUUUUACGGCAGCGAUAUCUAUCUUGCUGAGAUUACACCAGACGUGCAGAACAUCUGCUUUGGCGCGUUCGGCUUCGACUUCAAACCGAAAGCGAACGCCCAGAAAUUGAUCGAGGAUGUCGAGGAAUGGCGAAAAUUCUACGCUACCAUCACGGAUGAGCAGAGGAAAUUUGUCUUCUCAGACGACGCCAGUGCCAGUGAACCAGAAGACUCGGGUUCAUCAUCAGCAGACAGCUCGAGUGAUUCAGAACCAAAGGCUACCACUGUUGCAAGCGACACGUAG